AUGAAUCGUGCUCUGUUAUCUCGCAGUGUGUCGCCUUUGAUCAAAUCGUUUGUCCCUAAGCACCAACCUACCCAGAUCUUUCGCAAAAUGUCAGGCCCCCAGACAUCGCACCUUCCGAACGAGGAUUUGCAAGCUAGCAAGUUGUUCGACGUCACUCAUGUUGUCGCUGUGGUCACAGGUGGUGGAACCGGAAUUGGACUCAUGAUUACACAGGCUUUGCAGACGAACGGUGCCAAGGUCUACAUCACAGGUCGCCGAGAGGAAGCUCUCGAUGCUGUUGUUAAACAGUACAGCAAGGGUCCAGGAAGCAUCCACGCCUUGCCAGGAGACAUCACCAAGAAGGAAGAAUGUAUCCGACUAGCCGAGGAGGUGGGCAAGAAGGAAUCCAAGGGUAUCCAUUUACUCGUCAACAAUGCGGGUAUCGCUAGAGACGAUCAUACCAAGUUCUCCAAGAACGGGCAACCGGACAUGAAAUCGGCAGCAAGCAUUUCGCGGCACAUGCUCAGAUCAGAAGUCUCUGACUGGCAGGACACUUUCGAGACGAACAUCACAGCCCAAUUCUUCAUGUCUGCCGCGUUCUUGCCACUGUUGGCCAAAGGACGGGAUGUCACACCCGGCUAUACCUCGAGCAUCGUCAACAUCACCUCCAUCAGCGGUCUGAUGAAGGGGUCAAGCAGUGGACAAUUCGCUUACGCAACGAGUAAAGCUGGCUUUGUGCAUCUGACGCGCAUGUUGGCCACGACGCUUGCGGAAACGGGCGUUCGUGUCAACCAGAUUGCACCUGGCGUCUUCCCCAGCGAGAUGACAACUGGUGAAAGCGACGAGACGCAGAAGAGCGAGCUGACUUCGAAGAUGAGUAACCCGGCCGGACGUGGAGGCGGAGACGCCGAUAUGGCUGCAACGAUCUUGUACCUGGUUGGCAAGGGUGGUUUGUUCCUGAAUAAUCAACUCAUUCAUCCCGAGGGCGGGCAGUUGUUGGUUGCACCGGCUGCUAUUUGA